AUGCUCGCGCAGUCGAAGGAGGAGGGAAAGCCCACCUUCUCCUUCGAAUUCUUUCCGCCGAAAACCGCUCAGGGUGUUCAGAAUCUCUACGAUCGCAUGGACCGCAUGCACGGUCUGGGUCCCAAAUUCAUCGAUGUUACCUGGGGCGCGGGCGGCAGUCUCUCCCACCUGACCUGCGAGAUGGUCAAGGUCGCCCAGAGCGUCUACGGCCUCGAGACAUGCAUGCACCUUACAUGCACCGACAUGGAGCGGUCUAAGAUUGACGAAGCGCUGCAGACGGCCUACGAAGCGGGGUGCACAAAUAUCCUCGCGCUGCGCGGCGACCCGCCGAGGGAGUCUGAGAAGUGGCAGGCGGUCCAGGGUGGAUUCAGAUAUGCCAAGGACUUGGUCAAAUAUAUCCGCGAGAACGAUGACAACGAUAACGUCGAUGAACUCAUCGACCAUCUCAAGGAGAAGGUGGAUGCCGGAGGUACCUUCGUCGUGACGCAGAUGUUCUACGACACAGAUAUCUUCAUCGACUGGGUACACAAGGUCCGUGCAAAGGGUAUUGACGUCCCCAUCAUUCCUGGCAUCAUGCCUAUUUCUACGCACGCUGCUUUUCUCCGUCGGGCGAAAUGGUCCAAAAUCAAGAUCCCCGAACCCUGGACCAAAGCUCUGGAUCCCAUCAAGAACGACGAUUCGGAAGUCCGCGAGGUAGGAAAGGGACUGAUAGCCGAUAUGUGCCGCAAGCUGAUCGAUGCCGGUAUUCUGCACUUGCACUUCUACACGAUGAACCUGGCCCAGUCCAGCCGCAUGGUUCUUGAGGAGCUAGACCUUCUUCCCGACGUCGAAAGCCCACUGCAGAAACCCCUUCCGUGGCGGCCGUCUCUUGGCCUCAAGCGUCGCGAAGAAAACGUCCGACCCAUCUUCUGGCGCAACCGCAACCGUUCGUACAUUGCCAGGACGCAGGAUUGGGACGAGUUCCCUAACGGUCGCUGGGGUGAUGCUCGAUCUCCCGCUUUUGGCGAAUUCGACGCGUACGGUAUCGGCCUGAAGGGCAGCAACGAGCAGAACAUCAAGCUCUGGGGGAAGCCGACGUCCGUUAAGGACCUCUCCGAUCUCUUCGUCAAGUACAUGUCCGGCGAUCUCGAAUCUCUGCCCUGGAGCGAGUCGGCCAUCUCCAAGGAAGCCGAUACCUUGCAGCAAAAUCUCAUUGACCUGAACCGUCGUGGUUUCUUCACGAUCAACUCCCAGCCUCCUGUGAAUGGCGCCAAGUCAAACCAUCCAGUGUACGGAUGGGGUCCAGCACACGGCUACGUCUACCAGAAGGCGUACCUAGAGGUUCUGGUCUCGCCUGAAUACAUCGCAGAGUUGAUCACUCGUAUUGAGCGCGAUCCCGAAAUUACGUACUACGCCGUGAACAAGGAUGGAGACCUGAAGACCAACUCUCCGGAAGGACCUAAUGCCGUCACCUGGGGUGUCUUCCCGGGUAAGGAAAUCGUGCAGCCGACUAUCGUCGAAGCUGUCAGCUUCCUGGCCUGGAAGGACGAGUUCUACCGGUUGGGUCAGCAAUGGGCGAACUGCCACGCUUCUAUAAGCCCCUCGCGCUACGUGAUUGAGGACAUUAUGGACACCUGGUACCUGAUAAACAUUGUCCACAACAACUUCCAGGAGGACAACGGCAUCUUCCCUCUCUUCGACGGCCUCGAGGUGACUGACAUGGAGAAGGAACUCCACUCGACAGGUAUUACCAACGGCGAGACGACAGAUGGCGACUCAGCUGCUAGUAGCAGACCUACCAAUGGUGGGAAGUCGACUUUGAAUGACCUUGUCGAGGCAGCGAAGUCGGCCGCGUCCACCGUUACCAACGGCAUUACAGCCUAA